AUGUCUGUCUCUACCUUGAAGAAUCCAGUUUUCAACAACUUACCCAGAGACGAUUCUCCACCAGCUGAAAAUCAGAAAAUUGCUCGAGUGGUCAGGGUCAGAGCUAUGAACCUAUUUGAGGUAGAAACCCCUGAAAAAUCCGUCCUGCUGAUGACGGUUCCCAACAGAUUUCGUGAGGCAAUUUGGGUGAGGAUUGGAAACUUUGUCGUCGUUGAGCCUAUCAAGGAAGGUAACAAAGUGAAAGUGGAAAUGGUGAAAUUGUUGACCGUUGAGCAGAUAUGGAUCUAUAAAAUGGAUAAUACUUGGCCUAAGGAGUUUAACAUUUGCCUUAAUUAUCUUUGUGUAAACACAAACAGACUUCGGAUUAACUUGAGUAGAUCUAAUGAUGUGGCUUCUAAUAGUGACUCGGAGGAUGACAGUGAUGAUUCGGAGCUGACAGAAACUUGUGAUUCUGACUACACUACUGAUUCAGACGGAGAUAGUAGCGGUAAGCAGACUUGA